AAUGUGCAAUUGCAGGGACAAGUGAUAUUUGAAGAUGUGGCUGUGGAUUUCACCCAGGAGGAAUGGCAAUACCUGAACCCUCCACAGAGGACCCUGUACAGAGAUGUGAUGCUGGAAACAUACAGUAACCUAGUCUCUGUGGAGCAUCAGGUUACCAAACCAGACCUCAUCCUCAAAUUAGAGUUAGAAGAGCCAUCCCCAGCAGAAGGAAAAAUCCCAAUUUGGAGUUUUCCAGAAAAAGUUUGCCAAGUUGAUGAACAGAUUGAAAAUCAACACCAAUAUAACCAAGAUAAAUAUUUGUUGAUGCAAGAUGGAGUUCCUGACCAGAAAACAAUUACCACAAAAAGUGGUCAUGACUGUAAUCGAUUUGAAAACACAGUUCAUCUGAGUACAAACCUUGUUUCAUUACAAAGACCCCAUAAACAUGACUCAUUUGGAAGUAACAUGACAGAUAAUUUAGACUUAUUUAGUCGUUCUUCGGGAAAGAAACCUGAUAAUGGCUGCGCAAAAUUAUUCUUCCAUACUGAGUGUGAGAAAACAAAUCCUGUGUUAAAACCCUAUGGAUAUAAAGAGUGUGGGAAAGCUCUCAGGCGAAAAAAAGGCCUUAGUCUACAUCAGAGAAUUAAAAAUGGAGAGAAACCCUUUGAAUGUACUGCAUGCCGGAAAACCUUUAGCAAGAAGUCACACCUCAUUGUACAUUGGAGAACUCAUACAGGAGAGAAACCCUUUGGAUGUACUGAAUGCGGAAAAGCCUUUAGCCAAAAAUCUCAGCUCAUUAUACACCUGAGAACACAUACAGGAGAGAGACCCUUUGAGUGCCCUGAAUGUGGAAAGGCCUUCAGAGAAAAGUCUACUGUAAUCAUACAUUACAGGACUCAUACAGGAGAAAAGCCUUAUGAAUGUAAUGAAUGCGGAAAAGCCUUCACUCAGAAGUCAAACCUCAUUGUUCAUCAGAAAACUCACACAGGAGAGAAAACCUAUGAAUGUACUAAAUGUGGGGAAUCUUUUAUACAGAAACUUGAUCUAAUUAUACACCAUAGCACUCACACAGGAAAGAAACCCCAUGAAUGUAAUGAGUGUAAAAAAACUUUUAGUGAUAAGUCCACCCUCAUCAUACAUCAGAGAACUCACACAGGAGAGAAACCUCAUAAAUGUAUUGAGUGUGGGAAGUCCUUCAAUGAGAAGUCAACCCUCAUUGUGCAUCAGAGAACUCACACAGGAGAGAAACCCUAUGAAUGUGAUGUGUGUGGAAAAACCUUCACCCAAAAGUCAAACCUUGGUGUACAUCAGAGAACUCACUCAGGAGAGAAACCCUUUGAAUGUAAUGAAUGUGAGAAAGCAUUCUCUCAAAAAUCCUAUCUCAUGCUACAUCAGAGAGGUCAUACAGGAGAGAAACCCUAUGAGUGCAAUGAAUGUGAAAAAGCAUUCUCCCAAAAAUCAUACCUCAUUAUACAUCAAAGAACUCAUACAGAAGAAAAGCCCUAUAAAUGUAAUGAAUGUGGCAAAGCCUUCAGAGAAAAGUCAAAGCUCAUUAUACACCAGAGAAUCCAUACUGGAGAGAAACCCUAUGAGUGUCCUGUAUGCUGGAAAGCUUUCAGUCAGAAGUCACAGCUCAUAAUACAUCAGAGAACACACACAGGAGAGAAACCUUAUGCAUGCACUGAGUGUGGCAAAGCCUUCAGAGAAAAAUCAACAUUCACUGUACAUCAGAGAACUCAUACUGGAGAGAAACCUUAUAAAUGUACAGAAUGUGGAAAAGCCUUUACCCAAAAAUCAAACCUGAUUGUACACCAGAGAACCCAUACAGGAAAGAAAGCCCAUGGGAAAGGGCACACCUGGAAGUCAAAGCACAUCACACAUUAA